AUGGCGUACAAACAAUCAUGUCUUAUGAAAGCACAUAGUGACACAUACCUUAUUGUGAGAGAAAUAAAUAAACACGUGCAAGAAGACCUUCCAAAGAGGAUACAGGGCGUAAUAGAGUACCUGGAAAAAACAAUACAAGGAGCAAAGAAGGAAACAAUGGAAAAGAUCGAUAGUAUCGACUGGGAAACACACGAAGAGGAAAUAGUGAAAGGAUUAACAAAGGAAAUGGGAGAGAUAUCCACAGUUUUAGGAGAGAAGGUAAGGGAGAGCAUAGAAGAAGUAAAAAACAGACAGGAAAUAACACCAAAGGAUACCUAUGCAAAUAUAGCAAAGACUAAUAUACCCCGGACGAUGCACUCGAUUAUACUUGAAUCUGAAAAUAAAAAUGACACAGCAGAGGAGCUCAUCCAAAAGACAAAAGCAAUAUUAAAACCAACGUUAGAAGAAAUAAAAAUUGAUAAAAUAAGGAAGGUAAAGGACCAGAGGGUGUUGAUAGGCUGUGCAAAGGAAAAAGAAAUAGAAAAAAUUAAAGACAAAUUACAAAAAGAGCAAGGAAUAAAAAUAGAAAAAGUUAAAAACAAGAACCCGUUGGUAAUAAUAAAAGACGUACCAUUUCAAAUAAAAGAGGAGGAAUUAUUACAGCUGAUACAGAACCAAAACAAGGAAUUAUUUAAUAAGGAGGAAGAAAAAGAGGUGAAAGUUAAAUUUAGAAGGAAGGCCAUAAAUCAAGAAAGGUGUCAUGCAAUAAUCCAGGUCAAACCGGCGGUAUGGAGGGCCAUGACCGGGAAGGGGCACUUGUACAUUGAGAUGGAGCGGUUGAAGGUCGAAGAUCAAUCACCGCUGAUCCAAUGUACAAGAUGCCUUGGAUUCGGGCAUGGCAUGAAAUUUUGCCAGGAGAGUGCGAGUAGAUGCAGCCACUGCGGCGACCCGCAUCUCAGAGCGAACUGCCCCGAAAGAGAAGCGGGUAGGGCGCCGCGAUGCUGCAACUGCGCGCACGCAGGCCUGGAGGAAACAGAGCAUAACGCCUUUAGUAAAGAAUGUGGAGUACGUGACAAGUGGGAAUAUCUGGCACGUACAACCACAGCCUACGAAUGAAAACAGUACAACACAAAAAGACGAAAACACACAAAACUACAAAAUAAAGCACACUAA